GUCCUGGGGCAAACAUCGUGUCCUAAGGCGAUGGAAAACUACGUGGCGUCGAUGGUGCUGAGCGCGGUGGGUGACACGCUGGGCUACCGCAACGGGCGGUGGGAGUUCCUGCAGAGCGGCCCCGCCAUCCACCGGGAGCUGGCCGAGAUGGGGGGGCUCGGCAACUUCAGCAUCCGGGGAUGGAGGGUCAGCGAUGAUACGGUCAUGCACUUGGCCACGGCCGAAGCCCUGGUCGCUGCUGGGAAGAACCCAAGUUUAGCGCAUCUCUACUCCCUGAUUGCAAAGAACUACAAGGAGUGCAUGGACGACAUGGACGGCCGAGCUCCAGACCAGUACCCUCCUCAGGUGCUGCCGCGGGCGAAAGCCUACGUGCGGGACACCGGCUUCUUCGUGGAGGAGAACAUGGGGCAAUGGUGA